AUGGCCGAACUCAUCGCCAGAGAGUACUUGAUGCAUGAAAAGAGCUGGUUGCUGCCUAGGAAGGGAAAAGAGUGGAUGUGGAUUACCAAUGUCAAGCUUCAGGCCGAACUUUUAGGUGUUUGGGAAUAUGUCAACCCUGAUCUCCAUGAGGAGCCUCAAAUCCCUGUGGUCUCACCCCUAGUCCCUCCUAUAACUACUGGUGAGGAUGCCCAGACGCAUCCUGAUCUAGUUGGCCCAACAGACCAAAGCAAAGCCCGAAGACGCAUCGUAUCCUCCGGACAGGAGCUCGACCACCAACAGGGCGAUGGCCUCGCCAAUUCCUACUUCUCGUCCAGCACAAGCUUGUCACUUGGAUAA